UAGUGUUCCCUCCUUCCCUCCUUUCUCUCUCUCUCUCUCUCUCCCUCCCUUGCUCUCUUUCUCUCCGUCUCUGUCCGUCCCUCUUUCCCAAUGGAUGCAAUCAUGACGACCGAAGUGGACCUGAACCAGAUUUCCUGCACACCAGUCUCUGGAGUGGUGGAGCAUGAUAUCGAGACGGCCCACGGAGUGCUCCACGUCACCAUGCGUGGCACCCCCAAAGGCAACCGUCCAGUCAUCCUCACCUACCAUGACAUCGGACUCAAUCAUAAGUCGUGCUUCAACACCCUGUUCAACUUCGAGGACAUGCAGGAGAUCACCCAUCACUUCGCUGUAGUGCAUGUGGACGCCCCUGGACAGCAGGAGGCAGCGCCCCCUUUCCCCGCAGGGUAUCAGUACCCGUCUGUGGAUGACUUGGCUGAGAUGAUUCCAUCCAUUAUGACCCAGCUCAAGAUCAACAGUGUGAUUGGGAUCGGAGUGGGUGCCGGCGCGUACAUCCUCUCCAAGCUGGCGCUAAACCAGCCAGAGCUAGUGGAGGGCCUGGUUCUCAUCAACGUGGACCCAUGUGCAAAGGGCUGGAUGGACUGGGCCGCAACCAAGCUGUCUGGGUGGACUUCUGGACUAGUGGACAUUGUCAUGGCCCAUCACUUCAGCACGGACGAGCUGACUGAUAACCAGGAGAUCAUCCAGACCUACCGGCUCCACAUCGCUCAGGACAUGAACCAGGACAACCUGGCCCUCUUCUACAACUCAUACAACGCUCGGAGCGACUUGGAGAUCGAGAGGCCCAUCGUCGGUCUGAAUGAAGACUCGGUCAACACACUGAAGUGUCCUUCUCUGUUGGUGGUGGGAGACACAUCUCCAGCUGUGGAUGCUGUGGUGGAGUGUAAUUCAAGGUUAAACCCGACAAACACGACUUUGCUCAAAAUGGCUGACUGUGGUGGACUGCCACAAGUUGUCCAGCCUGGCAAACUGGCCGAGGCCUUCAAGUACUUUGUGCAAGGAAUGGGCUACAUGCCCACGGCGAGCAUGACCAGGCUGGCACGCUCCCGCACCCACUCGUCCUCCAGCAUGGGUUCAGGAGACACCCCGCGGAGCCGCACCCACACCAACAACUCGCAGCUAGAGGGCGCCGUGGGCGGACCGCCCCAGAGCCAGCCGCAGACCAUGGAGGUGUCCUGCUAAAGGGGGCCAGAUCUACUCCAAGCCCCUCCUCAUCUCUCUCUCUCUCUCCGCACCUUUAACUAAGACCACCACCCACCUCUACUGUCUCUGCUCCAACCCUCAAUCCAGUCCAGACAAGACAGACAGGCUCUCCGUGCAUAUCUUAGUGCUUUAGGGUUUGUUUGAUUAUCUCUCUCGCUCUCUCACUCUCUUGCUCUCUCUCUCCCUCUCUCCCUCUCUCUCCCUCUCCCUCUCCCUCUCUCUCUCGUGCGCUCUCUCUCUCUCUCUCACACACACACACACACACACACAGUCCCUCAUUUGUGUUGUCUUAUCUAUCUAUCUUCUAUUCAUUCCAUAAACCCUAUCGAGUCAGAGAAUGUUUUUUGUUGUGAUGAGUUGAUAGGAGAUGAUAGCUGGUGGUGGUCCGCUGUAUUUCGUUGCUCCAGGUCAAGUCAGCAGGCGUACGUACGUCAGACAGUGCGUUUCCUCGACGCUUGCUCCUCUGUGCUCUCUCCUUGUGUGCAGAGUUUUUUGGGUUGCAUUUCCUCUCGUCAGCUCUCAUCCCAAACAAACACCAAGCCCUCCUCCUCAACCAAAUUCCUUGCUGUCACUACAGAUGACAUCCGCUUAUCACAGGCCACCCGUGAUCAGGUUGCUCUGUUUGUAAAUAACACUUAAGAAGGGUUCUUGCAGCACAGGAAGUGAGGAGUGGGCUGGCGCUUGGGGCUCGGGCUGGGGGUGGGGAUGGGGAUGGGGCGUGUUUUGUUUAGGUCAUCAGAACAUGGUCUUCAAAAGAGAGCAUCUCUGCACAUGUCUUUUUCCUCUAUGUCUUCCUCCUUAUAGAUUAGACCAAAUCAUAAACCCCAGAGUACAUCAAUUCUCUGUGUCUUCUCUUCCCCCACCUCAACCCAUUUUAAUGUCUUCGGAUAUUCUCUUGGUCUCUUUCUCUCUUGGCCCUCAUUGAGUGGCAAACCAAUGAAUUUUUUUGUGGUCUUUGUUUUCUAUUAUUAUUACUAUCGUUAUUAUUAAUGUUAAUAUUAUGUUGUGAUUUGUGACACCUUUUCCUAUUUAUGAUUGCAAACUAGUAUGACACUCUUCUUUCCUGUUCUGUAUCUCCGUACCACAAGACUAAUGGACAAGCAUGACCCUAUCGUUACAGUUAGGUUGAUGUCGAUGAAAGUGUACUUUGGGAUUGCAUUCGUCUAGAUGUGUCUCUAGCGGGUAGACAGCAUCUUUGUUACACUUGUCUUCUGUGGAAAGAAGGUCAACAUUUCAAUUGACUCCAAGGUUAAUAAAAUGAGUAGGUGAGUUUCACAUCCCUCCUUUGGCCAGUGGCUUAUUUGCAGUGGGUAGCCAUCUUUAGCCUGCCAGCUUUGUAAGGGCCUCUGUAGUGCCUCUGUGGGAAGUCAGAGUCUGUUUUUAACAGUGACCUGGCAGAAAGGGAACCACAGAGUACUACUGACAUUUCAAAAUACAGUACCCAUCCUACCAAGGCAAAAGAGAUGCCUGAUAUGGCAGCCUUUUUGUGCGCCUCUGGACCUUUUUACCUAUUUGGAGGUAAAACCAAAAAUGCAUGGUUGUUUAGUAAGAUGGACGUUUUGUAAGAGAGAAAGGUUAAACCAUGAAUUUUAAGACUUGACUUGUCCAGGCCCCAACAACUAUGUGGGACUGCGAACCCCAUCCAUCCAUCCUAACCCAUGCGUUUCUUUCCCGAGGUUUUAGUUUGUCUUCUUCUAAUGAAUAUUACUGUUUUUAAUUUGUUUGGGUUUUUUUGGAUGGGUAUUGUUUAUUGUUCUCCUUUACUGUACCGACACCUUAGGUGAGCUUCUGGUGAAGACGCGUUGUGCUUUGUCCUUCAAGCCUGAGGGAGGUGUUGUACUUCAAACUGUAUGCUGAAUAUAUCAAUUUGUACCGACUAUGAAAUAAAGCUAGAAGUUGUACAUAAA